GCAGUUGAUAUAACACCCCAAGACAACCUCCCGACUAUGAUGUUCCGAGAGCCCCCCCCCCACCUUGGAAAAGCCCUAAUGCCAAAGGAUUUCGAAAAGCAAAAUUUCCCAAGAGGGUUUAUCUUCCUCUGCUCCUUCUUCUAUAAAAGGCCCCCCUCUUCCCACAUUUUCCUCACCAACCAUCCAGGACCAUCCCCAAAGAUCCCCCUCGAACAAAACAACAAACCAACACACCGAACAAAAAAAAACUGAAACGAAACCUUCAAAAUGGCCGACAACCACGUCAUCACCAAUCACUUCAACACCGUUUCUCCCGCCGUCUGGGUCUCCGGGAACAACACUGGGAGCACUUACGGGAAGCCUCGUAGGAUCGACGAGGAUACCUUAGUCGCCUUGUACUCCAUGGGUGUGUCCUAAACACCUCUUUCCCGCUCUCACACCCAGCCAGUCAGGCCUGGCGCUCCUCAAAAGCCAGUAGCUAACAAACUCCACAGCUUCCUCCAAGGCUAGUCGUGUCAACCUCCGCAGGGCCGCUCUAGCCGCCCGUGGCGAGCGUGAGAACCGCAAGAACCCAACCGAGCGUUCAGGCGCCAACACCUCCUCCGCCCGCUGCCCCCAUAAAAAAAUGAACAGGAAGGAUCAAAUUACCGCCAUCGUCGCCGGUCGUAUCGCUAAAUCUGCCUUUUACUUUGGAGGAUACCCUCUCGUCGAGAAUAUGCAUAGGCGUAGGGAGUUGCGCCAGAAGAACGAGAAGGAGUUCAUCAAGAAUCAGAAGAUGUUCGCGCGCUGGUUGGACUCGGAGUACGAUAGAAAGGGGAAGGAACCGGUCGAUGGGUUGGUAGGAUUGAUGGACGGGUUCGGGUUGGCUGGUAGUGCUGGUGAAAAGGUGCAAGACAAGAUGGAGAUUGAUGUGAGUGGAUUGGAGAAGAAAAUGGCCAGGUUGGAUGUUAUCCAAGAGGACGAUGAGGAGAUCAUGUAGGCUGUUAUGGCCGGGGACCUUGUCCAAGUUUGAAAGGGGGGACACAUCAUGUUCUGCCCCAUGAUCCGUGAGAAGCUUUUCCAUGUAUCUUGGAGGGUGUUUGAGAAGAAAUCUACAUGUAUUCACAGGACGGAUGUGGGUUAAAAAAAAAAACUAAAAUAAGGGGCUGGGGGUAGCUUUUGUCAGGUAAAUAAAUACAUAAAUAUUAUUUUCAA